GACUUGAAUAAGAUCUUCCUUUGGAUCCGAGACUUUGAACAUAUUAGUGCUGGUCUAUAUCAUCCAUAGAUCAUCGUCGUCAUCCUCUACUGUAUGAAGGAUCUAUUGAAUGCGCUAUCAAGGUCAUCAAUCUACACUUACCUCACGCAGCGCAAGCCGUUCGGCCGGGCAAGAAGAGAAAGUUUAUAUCCUCUCUAGCCGGCUAAAUGUGCAGAGAUGCGGUAAAACAAUAAAGUUUCUCGGGGCUCAAAUAGCCCUUUUAAUAAUUGGAGGAGUAAGCUAUUUUACUCUCCUGUGCAGGAGCUUUCCACCGGAAAGAAGCUCCUCGAGGUAUUGUCGGAUGAAGAUAGUGAUUUAGGUUUCUUUUGUUUUAUUUUCUCGUUCAAGCAGAAAACA